UAAAUUGGCAACCGCAAUUCACCUUAGUUCACCUUCCUUCUGGUUUCUCCUUUCCCAGGAAACUCAAAAAACCCCGAGUCCGGAUCUUUACAAAACCCCCCACACUUUUCCCCUUCACAUUCCAGAUUCAAAUAAGCCGACUCGAAUUAGAAACAAGAAAUAAAAAAAGAGAACAACGAAAGGAAAGCAAAAAAUCUCUUUGAAUAGGGGGCCGUUCCUCUCUCUGAAAUCUGAACAUAAUCGGAUUGCGUAGCUUCCGUGUCUUUGCUUGAGUCAGCCUCUCUGCAUCGGUCCUUUUUUUUCUUUCUCAUGGCGGAUCGUGGAUCGUACGGAUUGGGUCCUCGAUUAGAUAUAGGGCAACUACAAUUAGAAGCCCAACAUCGAUGGUUGAGACCUGCUGAAAUCAGUGAAAUUCUUCGCAAUAAUCAGAAAUUCCAUAUCUCUCCAGAGCCUCCAAACAUGCCACCAAGUGGUUCUCUUUUUCUUUUCGAUAGGAAGGUUUUAAGAUACUUUAGAAAGGAUGGUCAUAAUUGGAGGAAGAAAAAGGAUGGAAAAACUGUCAAGGAAGCUCAUGAAAAGCUGAAGGUUGGAAGUGUUGAUGUACUUCAUUGCUACUAUGCACAUGGUGAAGAGAAUGAGAACUUUCAAAGGCGCUGUUAUUGGAUGCUUGAGCAGGAGCUAAUGCAUAUCGUUUUCGUUCACUACUUGGAAGUCAAGGGUAACAGGAUGAAUGGCAGUCCUUUGAAUUUUAGCUUUCAGCAAAAUCAUAGCCAAGAGCCUUCAGGAAGCACAGAUUCAACAAGCCAAACCAGCACUCUAUUAUCAUUAUGUGAAGAUGCUGAUUCAAAGGACAUCCACAAAGCAAGUUCCAGAUGCCACUCAUCUCCCGAAUUGCUUCAAAUGCAGAAAAGUACUAUGAUGGACACUAUAAAUGCUGGCCUCAAACACUCUUCUGCUAUGCAUCCUAGCUCAGGCUGUGGCGCACGUCAUGUGGAUGGACCUAAAAAUAAUGAUGGUGGUACUCAAAUAAUGGAGUCUCCAAAUUUAGCUUCUUGGGAGGAUAUUUUUGAGCAGUGUACAAAGGAAUAUGAUAAUCUACCUUCUCAUGUAACUGUGUCUUCUAACCAACCUGCUACCAUGGGAGCCACGCUUGAAGGAGAAGAAGUGUUCUUAGGAGAGCUUUUGGCAGGGGGGACUGCUGUUAGAUCUAUGCCUAGCGAAUCCAGCUGGCAGAUUCCAUUUGAAAACAGUUCCAUGCAUUUUCCUGGACACUCCAUGGACUCACCAUCGAAUUUGGAGCUGGGAUAUGAUUUCGAUACCAGUAUCUUUGAACAAGGAGGACCAAAUCUUGCAAGUAUGCGGAAUCUGUUGGAGCCAUUUCAUAAUUGCAGUGCUCAGGAGAAUGAACAGGCUCUUCGAAGGCAGCUUGUAGAUGCAGAAGCGGUUGUAACAAAAUCAAAUUCCAAGAACAAUAUGCCCCUGGAGGGAAACAUCAACUAUUCUUUAAUUGUAAAACAAUCAUUAUUAGAUGGAGAAGAAGGCUUGAAAAAGCUUGACAGUUUCUCUCGAUGGGUUGAUAAAGAACUUGUGGAGGUUGAUGAUUUGCAGAUGCAGUCCUCAUCUGGCAUUACUUGGAGCACUGUUGAAUGUGGAGAUGUAGUAGUUGACGAGUCCUCACUUAGUCCCUCUCUCUCCCAGGACCAGCUUUUUAGCAUUGCUGAUUUUUCACCAAAGUGGACCUUUACAGAUUCGAAAUCUGAGGUUCUUAUCACUGGAACGUUUUUGAGGGGUCAAGAGGUGGCUGAAUAUAACUGGUCAUGCAUGUUUGGUGAAGUGGAGGUUCCAGCUGAGGUUCUGGGAGAUGGUAUUCUUUGUUGCCAUGCUCCUCCUCAUAAAGAUGGGCGAGUUCCUUUGUAUGUGACCUGUUCCAACAGGUUUGCUUGUAGUGAGGUGCGAGAAUUUGAUUACCGUUUGGGCUCUUCUAAAGAUGUUGAUAUCAAGGAUAUAUAUAGCGGAAGCACAUAUGAAAUGCUUCUUCACAUGCGACUUGUGAGGUUACUAUCUCUUAGAUAUUCUAGCUCUCCAAAUAAUCUAUUUGAAGAUGCAAGGGAGAAGCAAAACUUAAUUGGCAGAAUUAUGUUAUUAAGGGAUCAAGAGGAAUGUUACCCCAUGGUAGAACCAGUAUCGCAGAAUGAUUUGUCUCAACACAAAGUGAAAGAGCAUCUCUUUCAGGGGCUGGUGAAAGAGAGGUUGUACUCGUGGCUCUUCCAUAAAGUAAUUGAAGGUGGUAAAGGGCCAAGUGUAUUAGAUGGUGAUGGACAAGGUGUAUUGCAUUUAGCAGCUGCUCUUGGUUAUGAUUGGGCCAUAAAACCGAGUGUAACUUCUGGAGUUAGUAUCAAUUUCCGUGAUGUGAAUGGAUGGACUGCACUCCAUUGGGCUGCCUUCUGUGGCAGAGAGCAGACGGUUGCUGCCCUUAUUUCUCUCGGUGCGGCACCUGGAGCAUUGACAGAUCCGUCUCCAGAAUUUCCUUUGGCCAGAACACCUGCAGACCUUGCUUCUUGCAAUGGGCACAAAGGGAUUUCAGGUUUUCUUGCUGAGGUUUCGUUGACCAGCUACUUUUCAUCCCUUACUAUGAAGGAUCCCAAAGAAGAUGGUGCACAGGAGGUCUCAGGAACAAAAGCUGUGCAAACUGUUGCAGAGCGGACAGCAACUCCUGUUAACUAUGGUGAUGUCCCUGAUGUAUUGUCACUGAAGGAUUCACUUACAGCUGUCUGUAAUGCCACCCAAGCAGCUAAUCGCAUACAUCAAGUAUUUAGGUUGCAAUCGUUCCAGCGGAAACAAAUAACUGAGUAUGAGGAUCAUGAAUUUGGUCUGUCAGAUGAGCUUGCUCUUUCAGUUGUAGCUGCGAAGUCACGAAAGCCUGAAGGUAUGGAUCAUUCUGCUGCAAUACACAUCCAAAAGAAGUUUCGUGGUUGGAAGAAGAGAAAAGAAUUCCUGAUAAUCCGGCAAAGAAUUGUAAAAAUUCAGGCCCAUGUGAGGGGACACCGAGUAAGGAAACAGUAUAGAGCAAUUACCUGGUCAGUUGGAAUUCUGGAGAAGGUGAUAUUGCGCUGGAGGCGGAAAGCGAGUGGUUUGCGGGGAUUUCGACGAGAUGCAUUUCCUGAUCCACCUUGCUUGUCCUCGAAAGAGGAUGAUUAUGAUUUUCUCAAGGAAGGAAGAAAACAAACUGAGGAAAGGUUACACAAAGCACUCAACAGGGUGAAGUCCAUGGUUCAGUAUCCCGAGGGACGAGCUCAAUACCGCAGGCUGCUGACUGUAGUAGAAGGGUUCCGUGAAUCAAAGGUUUCUGAUAUGGUAUUGACGAAUUCUGAAGGAACAGGGGAUGAUGAAGACGACCUUAUCAAUAUUGAUUCACUUUUGGACGAUGACAAUUUCAUGUCUAGCAUUUGAUCACUGAUUUGCUCCAUGUACAUAGGUGGUUACUUCAUUUCAGCAUUAUGAAGAGCCUAACUUCAUUUUGUCUAUAUAUAUAUAUAUAUAUAUAUAUAUAUAUAUAUAUAUGAUAUUUCUAAUCAAUGAAGCAAAUGUUCCAUGAUAGAAUUGAAGGGUUGCAGGGGCGUCAAAUGCUAGUUGUACACUUUGCUAGAAUCGACUGAUUUAAAUUAUGUAAAGUCUUUAGUUUUGGUCCGCACAUUAUGUGGCGUAUAAGUUAUAUAAUAGUUAUUUAUUUAAUGUGAGUUGAUGGCUUGUUGUAUAAUUACUUAAAAUCAAAGAAAUGGAGGAAUAGCAGCAAUUAUUGUGAA